AUGUAUAUUAAAGCAGGACAGAAACCCCGACAAUCUGAAAAGAAGGAUGAGAGAUCAGGAAGAAGCAAAAACAAGCACCUACCAGAACUUGAAACAGAUUUCAAGGACCGGGUGGUCAGUUCAAACUUAUACAAGAAAGAACCUAACAGAAAUACUGAAGAGACUUUGAAUUCAUUGAAGUUUUUACAUAAGCCCCAACGAGUAACUCAGAUGAGAGCGAAUAGGUUCCCGGAGGAAGAAGUACAAAGAAAUACUGAUCUAAACAAAAGGAUCUCCCCUGCAGGGAAUAAUGAAAACGUCGAAAACGGGAGCGACUGGUUCAGAGGUGGCUCUGCCAAUAAUAGUACCGGAGGAAAGCCGUUAAAGAGCAGCGCAAAGCCUCCCUUCAAGAUAGAGCUACCUCCUCUUUCACCUAAAUCCACCGUACCAGACUUUUUACAAGCUGACUAUCCAGAAACUAAAUCACCAGGCAAUGAUAUGAAUUUUGAAUACGAUGAGGAGAUUCUGAUUCCUUUUGCCCCACCUGUAUAUAAAAAAUCUGGUGAAUUACUGAAAAGCUCGCUAAAGAGGAGAUCAAAAUCGCUACCCACCACUCCAGGUAUAAGGAGUGGGAACAACGACCAAGCGAGAGAUGGUAGUCCAAUUCUACUUAGGAGUAAAAGUGUCCAUUUUGACCAAGCUGCACCUGUGAAAUAUUUUGCCGAGGAUGAAAGCCCUAUAAAUGUUAAUAAGACGGAACAGUAUGAUAAUCGCCUAAGCUUCAAGCAUAAAGCCGUAAAUCUAAUGGUAGACCCAGAGGAAGAGGCAAGGAUGCUAUCAUCAGGAUUAGAAACCACAUCCAUAGAUGAUGACUUGACAACAGUUGCGCCAAAGGGCUUCACACACUCUGCUAAGAUCUCAAGUCCCAGCAAUGGCAAAGGCGCUAAUAAUACUAAAUUAAGGAAAAGUAAACGAUUCCAGAAUCUCGUAAAAAAUAGGGUAGCGAUCCCAUCAUACAAAACUAAAAAAAGCAUCAUGAAUGGUGAUAAUUAUGACGAAGUUGAGGAUCAUAGUUCAACAAAUUAUUAUGUUGUUGGAUUAUACACUAAGAAUUUCCCUAUUUUGAGCAAUAAGAACCCCAAAAGUUUAAAGCUGAACAUUUUUAUAAACCUAUCACAAAACAAGAAGGUUUUCCUACAAGAACUGUCUCUGUACAUUCACAGAGAUAACAGUGGUUUCACGAACUCCUCCUCAGUCAAUAACGAUCCCAAUGGCCACAAUGGUAGUAAUUCAAAUGGCGUGGUCAAGGAUUAUAACGCUGGCUGUACAAGAUUAAUUGCGGGAAGGAUAUUAGUGAAGAACAUUUUCUAUGAUAAAAGAGUGGUCGUACGAUAUACAUGGGAUAGCUGGAGGACGGCCCAUGAAGUAGAAUGCGUUUAUAUCAGUGAUGGAGAUGGGAUAUUACCGGGCACAAAUAUGGACAUUUUUCAUUUCAUCAUUGAUGAUGCUAGCAAAGUGGAUCCCCGAGGCAAGUUGGAAUUCUGUAUACAUUACUCCACAAGAAACGACUCUGAACGCGAAGAGUACUGGGACAACAAUAACGGGAAAAAUUACAAAAUCGAUGUUGUCAUGGAUGGUUUCAAUGAUCCGUUCGCAGCAGUGAGUUAA